GUUAUACGUCAGAUACCAUAAGUAUACGGUUUCAUGAUGUCACGUACGGGAACUUCUCGUUACUUCGAUCCAAAUGUGUUGUUCAGAUUUCGCGAUAUAGAGAAACCUGUUCAGAUCCAUCUCAAGAAUGUCUACAGUCUUCUCUCGGUGGGACUUAUUGCGGCAUCAAUCGGGUCGUUUGUUUUUGCGACUUCUUCAUUCAUUCAGUACUGGGGCUUUGGUACUUUACUCCUCUCCGCGGUAGUCUCCAUUGCUUCCUGUUGUUACAUUAUGUUCACGGAGCAUACUGAGUCUCGGCUUUGGAGCCGAAUGGUGGCCUUCCUGGUGUUCACGCUCUCCACGGGUGUGGGACUUGGACCGUUAGUGAACUUCGCCCUCCAAGUAAAUCCGUCCUCUCUGCCGGCUGCACUUUUGGGAACGGCAAUUAUUUUCGUCGCCUUCACUUUCGCAUCGCUUCUCACUCGUAAACGUGCUUUUAUUUACCUAGGAGGUAUUCUUGGGAUGGCCAUUGGCGUCAUCUCUACCUUCGGACUUAUGAAUUUAUUCCUGCGAUCGCCGGCUCUUUUCCAGGUGGAACUUUAUCUUUCAUUUCUCAUCUUCUGCGGUUUUGUUGUGUACGAUACUCAACUCAUUGUAUUCAAGCGUCAAUUAGGGGACACGGACUUUAUAAGACAUGCACUGGACCUUUUUGUUGACGUCGUUGAAUUGUUUCGUCAUCUUUUGAUUAUCCUCAACUCAAAAAGGGUGAGUUUUCCCCUUUACUACUAG